AUGAAGUUCUCCCUCGCAGUCAUGGCCACCUCCCUCUUCAUCGCCACAGGCAUGGCGAUGCCGAUUCCUUCCACCAGCAAGGCACCCCGCAUGGACGGGGCGGAUCUCUUCAGCGCGAUUGCCAGCAUGGGCGGGCUGGACGGGGUGCUCAAGAGUAUCCAAAUUAGUAGCCCCGUGGGCAAUCCAUUGGCUGAUCCUCUGGCUGAGUAA